AUUUUGUAUUUGAAGUUGCAACAAGAUGGGGAAGAAAGAGCGGCAACAAGCGGUGGGUCGUACCAAGAAGGGUCCGGGUAAGGGCCUCAAAGCGUCCUUCGGCAAGGGCACGGGCAAAGGAGGCAAUGCGUUCGAUGUGCAGAAGAACUCCAAGUCCAAGUACGAAGUACUGGGUAAGCGCGUGAAAGGACAAGGCCGGAACGUGGCGGCAGCGCGCGCGGACGCCGAAGAACGCCGCCGGUCGACGUUGCUCAAGCAGUUCCAAGGUCGCAAGAAGAACAACGAGUACAAAGAUCGUCGGUUGGGUGAACAGAACGAAAACAUGUCGUUGGAGGACAAGAUGAUUGCCCGGUUUCAAACCGAGCGCAAGCGGCAGUACCAGCAGCGCAACGCCGCCAAGUUCAACUUGAACGACGACGGUGAGUCGGACCGCGAAGAGGAGCUGUUGACACAUCGCGGGUCCAAGAUCGACGACUUUGACAACAUCGACAUGGCGGGCGAAGGCAGCGACGACGACGAAGAUCGCGCGUUCGACCAUAAAUUGGGACGGGACAUUGUGAACCAGUUGCAUUUCGGCGGCGGCGGCGACAACAAGGGGGGGGACGACGGAACGGCGGUGGAAGGGCCCGAGCGCAAGAAGACGCACGAAGAAAUCAUGCAGGAAGUGAUGAUGAAGUCCAAGAUGUUCAAAGCCGAGAAGCAAAAGUACAAGGCGACACAGGACGAAACCACGGAGCAGUUGGACGCGCAGUUUGCCGACUUUCAGGCGCUUCUGGAGUUCCGACCGAAGAAGGAGGACAGGCCGCGGGAAAAGCUCGACGAGUUUGACAAGAUGACGCGCGAACUGGCGAUGGAGGCCAAGGCCAAGGCCACGGAGCGCAAGCUGUCGCCCGAGGAACUCGCCAAGAAGGAGCACGACAAGCUCGCGGACUUGGAGAAGAAGCGUGUGGCGCGCAUGAACGGCGAAGACGAAGAAACAAAUGACAAGGCAAACCAGCGAAAGCACCGCAAGAAACACAAGGCGAAAACGUCCGAGCCCGAGCUCGUGUUGUUACCGCCGAAACAGCGCGCUACGGACGACUCGCUCGUCGAUGACUUUCAAAUUGACGACGAGUAUCGGCAACGCGUUCAAGGCGAAAACGAUUCAGAAGCAGAAGAGGAAGCAGAUGAAGAAGAAGGAGAAGAAUCAGAAGAAGAAUCGGGACCAGAAGAAGAUGAAGAAUCAGAAGAAGACGAAGAAUCAGAAGCAGAGGAAGAAUCAGAAGAAUCAGAGGAAGAAUCAGAAGAAGACGAAGAAGCGCGGGCGGCGGCGCUUGUCAAGCGGCAAGAAGCGGCGAACGAGAUGCCGUUUGUGUUUCCGUGUCCGGAAUCAGCCGCCGACUUGUCAAGGUUGUUUGCCCAGUAUGGUCCUACAGUGGACGCCCGCAGCACGAUCGUGUCGCGUAUCCGCGCGUUCUACUCGCCCAAACUGCAUGCCGACAACCCAUCCAAGAUGAAAACCUUUUUCGCUGUGCUUGUGCGGACGUUUUUGAAACUCGCGUCCAACUUUAAGCGCAACCACCUCGAUGCGGAUGCAAUUGCAACGCACGUAUUCGGCCUCGCCCAAGACCUGCCCGAUGCAGCCGGCACUGUCUUUCGUGAGUUCGUGGCAACACUCGCCAAGAAAACGGCCAAAAACUGCUGGCCCGAUAUGCGCGACUUGCUGCUGCUGCGGGUGGCGCUGCAUGUGUUUCCCGUCACGGAUCUGCGGCACAAUGUGAUCUCACCCAUUGAACUCGUGCUCGGCCAAUGCUUGUCAAGAGCAACGCUGGAAAGCGCCGACCAUGUGCGCCGCGCGCUGUUUUGCGCGGGUCUGUCGCUCCAAAUCACAGCAAAAAAGGGCAAAUUCAUGCCUGAACUUGUGCAUUGCUUGCAUGAAAUCGUCGCGCUGGUGCACUCGCAGGACGCUGAUGACGCGUGGUUUGUCGCGCCGCUCAAGGCAUUUGUCAAGUCCAAAGCGACGACGUUUCCCGCGCUGGCGUUGGAUGCUGCCACCGACGGAUUGGACGCCGCCGCCGUCUCUGCCGCCAUCUUCCACUCGACGCUGACAACAAUUCGACUGGCGGCCACUCAGUACGCGUCGGUCGCGUCGUUCGUCGAGUUGUUUGCGCCCCUUCACACCCUGUUGUCGCAAAUCAAAGCCAAAUCGUUAAAAGUGCAAGCGGAGGAGACGCUGGCGCUUCUGACCAAGCUCACGGACGCAUCGUUAAAGCAGCGCCGGCCGUUGCGACUCCAAGCGCAUGCCCCGACGGUGCUGCCGACGUUCGUCCCGCGCUUCGACGAGAACUACGCCAUGCGCAAAGACAAGACCAUGGAGCGCGACAAGGCGCAGCUCAAGCAGCUGCAGCGCCAAGUGAAGCGGGAGCGCAAGGGCGCCAGCCGCGAGCUCAAGCGCGACGCGGCGUUCCUGAGCCGCCAGCGCACGGAAGAGCACAACGUAUGGCGCGCCGAGAAGGACGCCAAACAGAAAGAGAUCCGCGGGUGGAUGGAGCACCAGAAUGCUACGUUCAACCAACAAGUGCGCAAAGGCGGCGAACUUAUCAAGGGCGGCGGGUCUGGCCCGGCCAAGAAGCGCCGCAUCAGCAAGAAAUAGAAGAGGCUCGAUUGCAGCACUAUCUAUUGUCCCCUGUAUAUGUACUACUACUACGACUAACGUUAACUACAGUACAUGUCGACGUUUUGAUACAAA